GGGGCGCUGAGCUCAGAGCUGCCGCAGCGCGCGAGCCGGAGCCCGAGAACAGCCGAGCGCAGCGCGCGAGCGAGCAGGGCGCCAGCGGCGAGCGGUGGCCGGCGACGCACCGAGGUCCGCGCAUUGCUGCGCCCCAGCUCAGGGCCCCGCGACCCGAGCGCCUGGACACGGCCUGAUUGCCCAACGACUCUGAGCCCGCCCGGCCCGGCUUCACCGAGCCCCCGCGUCCGCCAGCCGCAGCCGCCGCUCCGCCGCCAGCCCCGGCCCCGCAUCCAGGCUCCAGGAUGGACGUGUUCAUGAAGGGCCUGUCCAUGGCCAAGGAGGGCGUUGUGGCUGCUGCUGAGAAAACCAAGCAGGGGGUCACCGAGGCGGCGGAGAAGACCAAGGAGGGCGUCCUCUACGUCGGAAGCAAGACCCGAGAAGGGGUGGUACAAGGUGUGGCCUCAGUGGCUGAGAAAACCAAGGAGCAGGCGUCACAUCUGGGAGGAGCUGUGUUCUCUGGGGCUGGGAACAUCGCAGCUGCCACAGGGCUGGUGAAGAGGGAAGAGUUUCCUACUGAUCUGAAGCCAGAGGAAGUGGCCCAGGAAGCCGCUGAGGAGCCGCUGAUUGAGCCCCUGAUGGAGCCGGAAGGGGAAAGUUAUGAGGAGCCACCGCAGGAGGACUAUCAGGAGUAUGAGCCAGAGGCGUAAGGGCCCAGGACGGCCGCCCACCAGCAGCACAAUGCCGCCCUUGCCCCCGCCCCGCCCCCAGAGCCAGGGCUGACCCUCUGCCCCUUUCCCCGCAAACACGAGAUCUUCCUUCCGCUCCGAGGCAGCCCCCUCGGAGCCCGUGUUAGUGUUUGUCCAUCUGUCUGUCCUACCCGCCCGCGUCCAACCCUGGGGCACGAACGUGGCCGGGGCUGGGAGCCUCGCGCCCCCUCUCCCCCCCACCCCCGUCCCCAGCGUAGCCCCUCCCGUCCAGCGUCUGCGGAUGUAGCAUGUUCUCUGUGUUUUUAAACCAAGAUCGGAAAGCGACGGCUCCUCCCCGCCCCCAGGGGAACCCGGGCAGCCCCCAGAGCACCCCACUCUCCUCCCAAGAACUUUUUUUUUUAAACCUAAAACCAGGAGCCAGGCUGUGCCGGCCCGGCCCGGCCCGAGCGCGGGCGUCGAGUGUUGUGAUCGUGGCAGGAGCGCCCCUACCCCUGUGUGAGCGUGUCCCGGGCGGGCGGGCCCGGCCGCCCCCCCGCGUGUCCAUGAAUAAAGCCAAUCUGUCCGUA